AUGUCGAACUCGAGCACAAGUUCUGCCACCAUAGUUGCUGUUGCUGUCCUUGAGAAUGGGAGGUUUUGCGAAGGUCAAGGCAGGGCUCUCAUUUUUGAUGCUCAAAUCUAUCUAGGCGAUGAUUGUCCUCCAUUGCUAGCUGCAUUGAAGUACUUUAAUGCUGACAACCAGGCUUUCAAUCCUGUCGGCUUCUACAUUGUCAUUGCGAGAGUUGCCAAAAUGGAACCAAGUGCAAACAUUAGUCUCGAUGACCGAAACCGAGAAUCGUACUUUGAUCUGGUUGGUGAUGUUGUCAGGUUGAUUCCCAUUGCAAAGGAUGGUGUUUCUCCACUAUACACACCUUACAUCAAGAUCUGCAGCACCAUCGAGCAUGUCGAUGACCUCGCAAACACAUUUUCCAUAGACGCGCAUCAGUAUGUCUCAAGCCUUCGAACCAACUCCACCGGAGCAUCAAGCACCAGUCAACGGCCUUUCAAAUCCAUCCUGCCAGUUGAAUGUGGCUUUCCGAAUAUGGCACGGUGGACAAAGUCAGGCAAGAAGCUCACGCCCCAGCCGCACCGUUACAUUUCUGUCACUGGUUUUAUUACCGGAAGAAAGGUCAAGACUGUUGAAGGAUCUGAACCUGAAACUGAUAGGUUCACAGUUGAGGUGGACUCAAUUGUGUUCCUAGGGCGUCCUGUCGUCACAAAGUUGUCGGGCAGCAUCUCGGCUAUAACAGAGAUCAGGUCCUUCUACAAGUGGAACACCGAGCAAACCUGGGUUGAAAUUCGACUUCUCUCAAGUCCCCCGGCCUGCUAA